AUGGACCUCCUACAGAAAAUCCCCAAGCCGACCAUCGAGCGGCCAUUUGGCAUCGAAUUAUGGCCCAUCUUCGACAAGGCCUACGAGGUCGUCAUGGGCUAUCCCGCCAGCGAAUUCCGCUUCGUUGAGGGUGUGACGCCCAUGUCCACUUUGCGCGAGACUUCCAUCAUGCUUGUCGCCUACUACGUGAUCAUCUUCGGUGGUCGAGAGGUGAUGAAGAAUCGCCCAGCAUUCAAGCUUAACGCCCUGUUCAUGAUCCACAACUUUAUCUUGACCGCCGUCAGCGCUAUUCUUCUCGCUCUUUUCGUCGAGCAGCUUCUGCCUACUCUCUGGAACCACGGUGUCUUCUACGCUAUUUGCGACCACGAUGGUGGCUGGACUCAGCCCCUGAUUGUCCUGUACUAUCUCAACUACCUGAACAAGUACCUCGAAUUCCUCGACACCGUUUUCCUGUUCCUCAAGAAGAAGCCUCUGACCUUCCUCCACACCUACCACCACGGUGCCACCGCUCUCCUGUGCUAUACUCAGCUGAUUGGUUUGACUGCCGUCUCAUGGGUGCCUAUUACCAUCAACCUCCUCGUUCACGUUGUCAUGUACUGGUACUACUUCCAGAGUGCUCGUGGUAUCCGCGUCUGGUGGAAGGAAUGGAUCACUCGUCUUCAGAUCAUCCAGUUCGUCAUUGAUCUUGGCUUCGUUUACUUCGCCUCCUAUACCUACUUCUCCUCGACCUACUUCCCCUGGGCUCCCAACAUGGGCCGCUGCGCUGGUGAGGAAUUCGCCGCUUUCGCUGGAAUGGCCAUCCUUACCUCCUACCUCGUCCUCUUCAUCUCCUUCUACAUUGUCACCUACAAAAAGGCUGCCAAGUCCGGCCGUCCCCGCCGCAACACCGGAAAGCAAGCUCUCAUCGACAUGGCCCGCCAAGAGGUGGUUCCCGCUUCUCCCAAUGCCAAAGGCAGUGCCAAGUCGAACGGUGCCGCUGUCUCAACCGGACGCUCCAACGGCCCCGUCACUCGCUCCCGCAAAGCCUAA